GAUUACGAGUAUAUAAGCAUACCUUUACUGAAUUCCAGGUGUAUUCUAGGUUGUAGGAUUAAUCAAAAUUUAUAUUCACCAAAUCAGUUGGUUGAGCACUCACAAAUCACAAUCAUGGGAUAUUCAUUAUUCACACCAAACACAAACAGUCACUCGUUACUUUUCACAAGCAACAACCACUUGUUACUACUUAGGUACUAACUAGUGGCCCAAUAAGAACAAAACACAUGUCACAACUUUAAUUUAAUAAACUUGUAACCAAACACAAUUUUAACCAUACAUCCAAACAUCCCCUUUCUCCCUCAAAGGCUCAACAUUCCAACCUCACUACUCCUUGCUUCUGCCAUGGGAUCAACGCCAAAAACCUUGUCCUCCCCAACGCCUCCGGGAACCUCAUCUUCUCUGUCGGUGCCACCCAUAUCUGACCUUUCUCUGUCAACUCUGCCCCAAAAAUCCUCCUAUUCUUUAUUGUGGAAGCCAUGGCAACACCCCGUCGCCGUCGUCGGACUUCUCCUUAGUGGAAUCUUUGGCAGUUCCGAAUACCAACCUUCUCCCAAAUUUCAGUAAAUAAUUUCAACCUACUUCAUAAUUUUUUCUUAUAGAUGAAAUUUCCUUCAUAAGAUUAGCAAGAUGGAUUAGAUCUUUCAUGGGUUUCGUGAAAUUUGAGAGGGUGAAGCUACCAUGACUUCGGGAGAAAGGAGAGCAGGUGGUUGGUGGAGAUGUGGCAGCAAUGCUUUGUAGUGAGAAAGAAGAUGGAUGUUUGGAUACUAGUACAAGAGAUGAAAUGGUGUGUUUGGUUAGAAAGAUAGUAAGAGGAUUUUAUUUGAUGUUUUAAAUUUAGUGGUCGUAAUAGGAUGGUCAGCAACUACGGUACUUCCUGUUGAGUACUCAAGUAUUGUUCUUUGACAAGGCAAACUAAUUAGGAAUUGCUGCAUUCUUCCUGAAUAGCCUGGAAGACGUCAAGUCACUUUGAAAGUAUUACCUAAAUUCUAUCGAAAGCCUAUAAAACAAAGAGCUACUAUCAUUUUUUCAUUAUGGAUUAAUUUUAUAUUUCAACGGCUGACAAUGCUGCUAUGGCAAAACCGAAUAGGACAGGAGUUGUGUAGAUUUCAUUUACCUUUUUAUGAUUGGACAUUGAAUGUGUUUACUUUGUUUGCUUAUAUAACACCCUGCAAAAUGUUGCAAGAUCGUGUCUUUUUCUGCAUUCUACUUGCAUCACCAAACCUAUAAGCCAAAGACUGGUUUGGAGUAGCUUUUGCGAUUUGGGGUCUAGAUUCUAAAAGGGAUUCAUCUUAACACGAAGACUUUGAAGGCGAUCAUCCAUCCUUUGAUGCUAGUAUUGCUCUCACCUAGAUUCGCUUAACUUUGUAGUUCUGAUAGAAUCAUGUGUGCGUAAGUUGGUAUGAUCACAACCUCAUACUGAAGUUUGAACUUUGAGUGGUGAAGUAGAGAGAGGAAUGAGAUUUUCUAGUUUUCAAGGCGGAUUUGGUACAAGAAACCGGUAUCUGGUGGUCAUAUAGGGUUCUACAACAGCAACAUAAAAAGCCUUUUUCCACUAAGUGAGAUCGGUUAUAUGAAUUUAGAACGUCAUUGAGCUCGGUUUUGUGUCACGUCUUCGGUUAGAUCCAAGUACUCUAAGUCUUUUCUUAGAGUCUUUUCCAAAGUCUUCAUAGGUCUUCUUCUACCCCUUCAACCUUGAACCUCUAUCCUGCAAUCACAUCUUCUAUCCGGAGCGUUAAUAGGCCUUCGUUUCACAUGUCCAAACCACCGUAAUCGAUUUUUUCUCAUAUUUCCUUCAAUUUCAUCUACUCCUACUUUACCUCGGAUAUUCUUAUUCCUAAUCUUAUUAUUUCUCGUGUGGUGGUCAUAUAGGGUUCUAAGUAGCCAAAAUCUUAGGGUUCUAAGUAGUUGAUUAUAUCGCAACGGGGAUGGUUGAUGCAGGGAUGACAAUGUCCUUCCACACACAAAACCGUCCACCUCUUCUUUCUGGACUUUUGACCAAAAAUAGGACACAAAACAGAACCAAAUCAAGCUCUUCUGUAGCUGCAAUGCAAGUAUCUUCAGUUCUGCAAACCAAUGAGAGCGGAAAUCUACCUGAAUCGAAGAAAGUUCGGAAUUCGGGCUUACCCGUAACAAGAUGUCACGUACUGAGCCAACCAAACACUGUCGGCAUCAUUGGAGGGGUGUCUGUUUAUUCAAGCCUCCUUUUCUUGGAGAAGCUUGUGUGGUGGAGUCUUAAAAAUGGAGGAGAAUGCCCGCCCUUCAUCGUGUGCAGCGAUCCAACAUUGUAUAAGGAGCUUCCGAUUCGCAGUUUGUUUCAUUCACACACAAGAAUAAGUACUAGUAGUGCUCAAAUCCUAUCAAAUAACUGGCCUAUCAUCGAGAGCUUGUGUAGCAAGAGGGCGUUCCUCCAGCACUCUGGCGCUCGAUGCAUAGUCAUGCCGUGUCAUCUGUCCCAUGCGUGGCACGACCAGAUAUCUGAGGACUGUUCUCUGCGCUUCCUUCAUAUCGGUGAGUGUGUUGCCCUGGAGCUCAGGGAAGCAAAGUUGAAGCCACUGGAAAAAGGAAGCAAUGUAAGGAUUGGAGUGCUUGCUGCAGAUGCAACUUUAAUGGCUGGUUUUUACCAAGAAAAGCUACAAAGUCAGGGGUUUGAUGUUGUGGUACCUGACAAGCAAACCAUGGAGCAUGUGGUGAUUCCCGCAAUUGAAGCAAUAAAACGACGGGACAUGAAGGGGGCACGAAACCUGUUAAGCAUUGCAGUCCAGGUCCUGCUGGUGAGGGCAGUGAACACCGUGAUCAUUGCCUCGGACGAGUUGCAGGUUGUUCUGCCUCCGGGCGAUCCUCUUCUUAAGAAAUGUAUCAACCCCAUGGACGCUUUGGCUAGGUCGACAAUAAAAUGGGCAAAGGCUACAAGCAACGGUGGAUAAGAGAUCGUAGCAACAUGGCUAAAUAAAAUGUACAUAAUCUUCGUGUCAUUGCCAUAUUUCCCUUCGUUUCUGUAGAUAUCAGCAAAUCUUUAAAUCAACUGAAUUGAAACUUCCUGUAAAAUCAACUUCUGGUUUGAAACAUGUACACAGAUUUAUGAGUUACAAGUAGACAACCAUAAUGUCGUCCA